AUGGCCGUUUCCGAGUGGCGUUUGUCGCUGAAGUUAAUGGAUCAGCCUUCCCUUCCCAAGUCGGUGCUUCAGUUUCCAGAGGCAGAGCCCGGUGAUGUCCCACCUGGCCAGUACCGCGUGGCGACUCUCAAACAGCUCGUUUCAGUGCAGUUACCGGACGCAAUUCCAGAUCCUGAACUUAUAGAGUUGGUGUACUGUGGCAGAAAGCUGAGGGAUGAACUCACUUUAGACUCUUACGGGAUCCAAUCUGGGUCAACAGUGCACAUCCUGAGAAAGUCAUGGCCAGAACCUGACAUCCAGCCAGGGUGGCGGAGAACCUGGAGCCUAUCCCAGGGAGCAUGGGGCACAAGAGCCAGUGGACAGGAUGACAGCCGCAAGAGAAUUUCGUGUCCUGCAGGCAGCUCUUCACACCAGCACAGCCUACAGAGACUCUGUAUGAUCAUCUGUUGUACCAGUCAAGCAUUCUGUCUGGAGGAAUUGAUAUGUUUUAGUAAAGACUGUGGAUUCUUGUCUUUUAUUCAGGUUUUUAAGAUGCUGAACAACAAGGAGUCUUUGGAUCAAAUCAUUGUGGCGACACCUGGCUUGAGUAGUGAUGCAAUGGCCCUAGGUGUGCUUCAAGACAAGGACCUCUUUGUGCAAUUCACAGAUCCAAACAUGCUUGACAUGUUGAUUAGCUCUCACCCAUCAUUGGUUAAUGCCAUUAUUCUGGUGCUGCAUUCUGUAGCUGGCAGUGUUCCCACUCAGCAGAGUGCAAACUCCUCUAGAAAUGCAUCCUCCAGCUCCUACAGUGACAUGCCAGGUGGUUUUCUCUUUGAAGGCGUGUCAGACGAUGAGGAAGAAUUCCAGUCUGGGAAUCGCAGUGGGCCAUCCUCAAGUUCUGCAGGUUCUUCCGGCUUGAGGCCUGCUACAUUAGGUUACAGUGGAGCAAUAGGGCCCAGGCCAAUCACACAGAGUGAACUCGCUACAGCUCUGGCAUUAGCCAGCACUCCAGAAAGCAGUGCUGUUACACCUACCAUAGGAAACCAGGGAGCUUCUUCAGGGGUUUCCCCUAUCCCUGCAGGAACUCCGAUAACAAAUGACCUUUUUAACCAGGCCCUGCAGCAAGCCUUACAAGUGUCUAGCAUAUCGUCUCUGCAAAGUCAGUGGCAAUCUCAGCUCCAGCAACUGCGCGAUAUGGGAAUCCAGGACGAGGAGCUGAUUCUGCGAGCCCUACAGGCCACUGGAGGAGACAUCCAAGCUGCCCUAGAGCUCAUUUUUGCUGGGGGAGCUCCAUGAGAUCCUGCAUACUCAAAGAACAUAUUCUGCAAUAUUUGUGAAGUUAUAGUUGUACAAAUAAUUAGUAAAUAUUUUAAAUAGAAAAGCUGUUCACACUUUUUCCCCUGACAUGCUAACAUACAUAUUUGUAUUUAUUUUAAGGUCACUGAUUAUGUGAAUAUACAGUCCCCUCCAGAAUUAGUGGCACCCUGGCUCCCGAGUGGCACGACAGAAAAGCAUUCUCUCUGUUGUCUUGAGCUGGCCAUAGCCACCCAUGGCCAGGAGUCCAAAAGAGCAAAAUUGGUAGUGCUCUAUGGAUGGGAGGGGUGAUACACUGUCAAUUACAGAAAAACUAGCCAAUCAUUGGUGUCUGUGAGCUCAUGCAUGCAGAAGAGGGCAGAUAGCACUUUCCUCCGAGUGUGUUAUGCUGUCCUGUGAUGCAGCAGUUCGAAAAGAUUGGCUUCACGUUGGCUGGCUUCACAUGUCUGAGAGGAAGCAUGAGUUAGCCUUCACCCUCUGUGAUUGGAAGCACAAAAACAGCAAACAUUUUUUAAAAAUUAUAUAUAUAUAUAGAUUGUAGAAGUUAUUAGUAAAAUUACAGUCAGUAUUUUGGGUAGGCACUAUUUUGAUACCUAACCUCAUUUCUUGUCUAACAACACAUAGUCUAUUCUUAUAGCGCUAUAGAGAUCUUGGUCUACUAUGCAGAACAUUUUAAGCUCCUUUAUAUUCUUAGGUUGUGAAUGUGGACUGUAAUUCAGGCCGCAAGAGACAGAUGGUCAUUGCAAAACAUUUUGUGUGUGUGUUAUGUUAAACCAUGUCUAGGUUGAUUUGGAAGUAUGUUGCCUGUAUCAAUGAACAGAUCUGAACUUCCUGGCAGAGGCAGUUGGGUUUUGGGCUGAAAUAUCCUGGUACUUCACAGGAGCCCCUGGACCACCAUGUUGUGAAAUGAUCUAAGGAAGAACUAUUUUCUUGUAAUGCUUCCAGUUUUUUUUGUUGUUGUUGUUGUUUUUUUAAAGUGAUGUUCAAUGGUUGAGAUCAAAAGAUAAUCAACUAACUGUAAGAAUCAAUUCUAAAACUUUGAUGUAACAGGGAAUAGGUUCCUGGGGACCUUUACUUUAUAUAUACUUUUACUAUAUCAAAUAGAUAUACACUCACUGUGCACUUUAAUAGGAACACAUGUAAACCUGCUCAUUUAUGCAAUUAUCCAAUCUUGUGGCAGCAGCACAAUGCAGAAAAUCAUGCAGAUACAGGUCAAGCGCUUCAGUUAAUG